AUGCAGGCCGGCCAGCAGCAGUACGACUUCUUCAGCGAGGACAACGCCGUCAAAUGGAGAGGCCUGCUGGUACCGUCGCUGGACAAGGUGCUGAAGCAGGUGCACCCUAACCUGGUGUCCAAGCAGGAGGCGCUGCAAUAUAUCGAGGAGCUGAUCCUGCUGCUGCUCAGCAUGUUGUGUCAGGCUCAGCCUCGCAGCGUGCAGGACGUGGAGGAGCGGGUCCAGAAGAGUUUCCCGCACCCCAUCGACAAGUGGGCCAUCGCCGAUGCCCAGGCCGCCAUCGAGAAGAGGAAACGGAGGAAUCCGCUGGCAUUGCCCGUCGACAAGAUACACCCGCUGCUCAAGGAGGCGCUGGGCUACAAGUUGGACCAUCAGGUGUCUGUGUACAUGGUGGCCGUCCUGGAGUACAUCUCGGCCGACAUCCUCAAGCUGGCCGGCAACUACGUGAGGAACAUCCGACACUACGAGAUCUCGCAGCAGGACAUCGCCGUGGCCAUGUGCGCCGAUAAGGUGCUGAUGGACAUGUUCCACCAGGACGAGGACGACGUGAGCGGCUUCCCGCUCGGCGACGAGGAGCCGUCGGCCAACGGGGAGCAGAGUUACCAGGAGCUGGUGCGGAGCUUCAUGGCCGACGGACGGCGCUUCCUGCGGCAGCUGGAGCUCCUGGUCAAGGUCUUCAGGGAGCCCUUCGACGCCAACGCCGCGCUCUUCUCGCAGCACGACGUGGACGGGAUCUUCAGCCGCGUGGCGGACGUCCACGAGGCCACGGCCAAGAUGCUGGGCCUGGUGGAGGACGCGGUGGAGAUGACCGACGACGGCAGUCCGCACCCCCUGGUGGGAAGCUGCUUCGAGGAUCUGGCCGAGGAGCUGGCCUUCGACCCGUACGAGACGUACGCUCAGGACGUGCUUCGCUCCGGCUUCCAGCAGCACUUCCUCAGCCAAGUGACCAAACCCGGCGCAGCUUUCUACCUCCAGUCCAUCUGCGAGGGCUUCAAGGAAGCCGUGCAGUACGUUCUGCCUCGGCUGCUGCUCACGCCCGUCUACUACUGUCUGCACCUCUUUGAGAGCAUCAAGCAACUGGAGGAAAAGAGCGAGGACCAGGAGGACAAGGAGUGUCUGAAGCAGGCCAUCACGGCUCUACUCAACCUUCAGAGCAGCGUGGAGAGGAUUUGCUCUCGCAGCCUGGCCAAGCGCCGACUCAGCGAGUCGGCGUGCCGCCUGUACAGCCAGCAGAUGAAGGGCAAACACUUGGCGGUCAAGAAGAUGAACGAGAUCCAGAAGAACAUCGACGGCUGGGAGGGCAAAGACAUUGGCCAGUGCUGCAACCACUUCAUCAUGGAAGGGACCCUGACCCGAGUGGGCGCCAAACACGAGCGCCACAUCUUCCUCUUUGACGGCCUGAUGAUUUGCUGCAAGUCCAACCACGGGCCGCCCCGCUUGCCCGGCGCCGGCUCGGCCGCGGAGUACCGCCUCAAGGAGAAGUUCUUUAUGCGCAAGGUCCAGAUCAACGACAAGGACGACAAAGAGGGCGAGUACCGGCACGCCUUUGAGAUCAUCCUCAAGGACGGCAACAGCGUGGUGUUUGCUGCCAAGUCGGCCGAGGAGAAGAACGGCUGGAUGGCGGCGCUGGUGUCGCUCCAGUACCGCGGCACGCUGGAGAGGAUGCUGGAUGCCGCCGUGCUCCGGGAAGACAAGGAGCAGCACUUACACCUGCCCGCCCCCCACCUCUACCGCUUUGCCCGCCCCGACUCUGAGGAGAACGUGGUCUUCGAGGAUGGUGUCCAGUCAAAGUCUGGCAUACCCGUGGUUAAGGCUGGCAGCGUCCUCAAGCUCAUCGAGAGACUCACCUUCCACAUGUAUGCCGAUCCCAAUUUUGUCCGAACUUUUCUGACCACCUACAGAUCAUUCUGCAAACCGCAAGAGCUGCUGGACCUGCUCAUCGAGAGGUUUGAGAUUCCUGAGCCGAGACCCGACGACGCCGAUCGGCCGGAUGCGGGAGAGCAGCCCGUCAGCGCGGAACUCAAACGCUUCCGCAAAGAAUUUGUACAGCCCGUCCAGCUAAGAGUUCUAAACGUGUGUCGUCACUGGGUGGAGCAUCACUUUUACGACUUUGAAAGAGACGCUCACCUGCUAGGACGACUGGAGGACUUCAUCGCUUCGGUCAGAGGUAAGGCCAUGAAGAAGUGGGUGGAGUCCAUCACAAAGAUCAUCCAGAGGAAGAAACAGGCAGCAGUGCGCGGGCCCAGCCACAGCAUCACCUUUCAGAACUCUCCGCCGCCCGUGGAGUGGCACCUCUGCAAGCCGGGUCACUCAGAGAACUUUGACCUGAUGACGCUGCACCCCAUCGAGAUAGCCCGCCAGCUCACCCUGCUGGAGUCCGACUUUUACAGGGCCGUGCGGCCGUCCGAGCUGGUGGGCAGCGUCUGGACCAAAGAGGACAAAGAGAUCGACUCGCCCAACCUUCUCCGGAUGAUCCGUCACACCACAAACUUGACCCUCUGGUUGGAAAAGUGCAUCGUGGAGACUGAGAACCUGGAGGAACGCGUGGCGGUGGUGUCGCGGAUCAUCGAGAUCCUUCAGGUCUUCCAGGAGCUCAACAACUUCAACGGUGUCCUGGAGGUGGUCAGCGCCAUGAACUCCUCGCCCGUCUACAGGCUGGACCACACCUUUGAGCAAAUUCCGAGUCGUCAGAGGAAGAUUCUAGAAGAAGCUCACGAGCUGAGCGAGGACCACUACAAAAAGUAUUUGGCCAAGCUGCGCUCCAUCAACCCCCCGUGCGUCCCCUUCUUUGGGAUCUACCUGACCAACAUCCUGAAGACGGAGGAGGGCAACCCGGACUUCCUGCCCCGGCACGGCAAAGACUUGAUCAACUUCAGCAAGAGGAGGAAAGUGGCGGAGAUCACCGGUGAGAUCCAGCAGUACCAGAACCAGCCGUAUUGCUUGCGCGUGGACGCCGACAUCAGGAAGUUCUUCGAGAACCUCAACCCUUUGGAGGAGCUGUGCGAGAAGGACUUUGCCGAUCACCUCUUCAACAAAUCUCUGCUCAUCGAGCCUCGCAACGCUCGCUCGCUGCCCCGCUUCGCCAAGCGUUACACGUGCCCCCUGAAGUCGCCGGGCAUUAGGCCGGCGACGGUGCGCCCUUGCGCCGCGCGCCACCCGACGCCGCUGCAGAGCGAGCCGCGCAAGAUCAGCUACAGCCGCGUGCCCGACAGCGAGGCCGACGCCACCGCUUCGGCGCCGGCCUCCCCUUGCACGCCCCUGACUCCGCCCCCCACCUGCAGUGUCUUUGAUUCUCCUCGGGCCGGCGGCAGCCCCGCCCAUUCCAGAUCGUCUUCGGUGUCGUCGGCGGCAUCCUGGGGCCAACUGUCGGACGAGGCGGCCGUGGUUCCGCCGCCCGUGCCACCCCGCAGAAGACCCGAAUCUGCGCCGGCCGAGUCGUCGCCCUCCCAGGUGGCGGAAAGCCCCCCCGCCGUGCCUCCGCGGCAGCCCACGCACAAGCUCCUCCCGCCGCGUUACCCGUCUCUGUCAUCGUCGCCCCCCGACAGCCCCCCGCUGCUGCCGCCCCGGGAGCCGCUGGCCUCGCCCUUGCGCCUGCUGCCGCCACCCCCGGGUCGCCCGCGCCGCGAGCCGCCGGCCCCCCAGGCCUUCUUCCCAGCCUCAGGGAAGACCUCUCCGCCGGACGGCCCCCCCGUGCCGCCUCGCCACGUUGUCCCCAAGUUGCCCCCCAAGACCUACAAGAGGGACUCUCUGAGCCACGCCCCCCCGCCAGACACGCCCCCCGCGCCGUGA